AUCGGCUCUUCUAAGAGUUUCCAAACAUUAUCUUUUAAAUUAUUGUAAUUUAAUUUUUCUGUUCUAUAAACAUUAUCUUUUCGCUUCUACUGUUAAAAACAGCGGCUAUUCUCUUUUAAGUUGCUACUUAUUGGAUUUAUAAUAUUUAACUUAUCGAGAUCAGCCAGGACCAACUGUAUAUCCUGCGCUUAGUUCUGACUUAGCCUGGAAUCAUGCUCCAAUUUUAAAUUAUAAUAAUUAUUGUAACUCAUCAUUUCUGUACACUACUGCAUUAUGCAUUUAUGCUCUGAGCUCAGGUUACUUUAUCUGCUGGCUCCGGACCAUCGGAGACGAGGCGCAAAAUUCCUAAACUCAAUUUGGAGGUUUCGCCACACAGAGCUGUUACUUGACAGGGGCUUUCAAAAUGGAUCUACUUUCUUUCUCACCUCUCUUCUCUUUGGCUCAUAUAGUUUCUGCUGUGAGACUGAUGCGAAUAGAAUUUGGUGGUGCUUUCGCUGAUCUAUUGAACGAAAAAGGGAAAGGUUCUGGUGAAAAUGAGAUGGGAUAUGUUGAAAGAACUCUCGGUUUUCGAACGCGUGAUUUGGAUGACAAAGACCUGAGACUGGUAACGGAUAUUGUUGGAGGUACCAUUCGUUGGCGAAGAUAUCUUGAUUAUCUCAUUUCGUCACUGUGUCAUGAUGCAAAGACUUUUAGUGGCAUGGAACCCCUUCUAUUACAGAUUCUUCGUAUUGGUUUCUAUGAAAUCUUGAAGCUAGAGAUGCCUCCUCAUGCUGUUGUUCACGAGAAUGUAGGGCUCGCAAAGGUUGCCCUAAGGCCUGGUGCUGGUAAUAUGGUCAACGGAAUUCUCAGAAAGCUAUUGUUGCUCAAGGAAAGCAACUCCUUGCCUUCACCCAAAUUGGAAGGCAAUGAUCGUACGCAAGCACGUGCUCUUGCCAUCCUUUAUUCUCAUCCAGUUUGGAUGGUGAGACGAUGGACAAAGCAUUUUGGGCAAGAUAGCGCUAUAGAACUGAUGACAUGGAAUAACAAACAUCCUAGCUUUAGCUUAAGGGCAAAUAGUGCAAAAGGUUUUACAAGAGCUGACCUUGAGUUCCAACUUAAGACGCUGAAGACACAUAUCAGGAACAAUCUGAGACUGAAUAUUCCUGUUCCCCAUGAGCUUUCUCCAAACCUCAGUCAUUUUGUGCGUAUCAAAACUGGCCUUCAGGCAGUCAUACAAGCUGGUCUACUGAAAGAAGGUUUAUGUUCUGUUCAGGAUGAAAGUGCAGGCUUGGUGGUUACUGUUCUCGACCCACAUCCUGGUGAGAUUAUUCUUGACUGUUGUGCUGCUCCCGGAGGAAAGACGCUCUUCAUUGCAUCCCUUAUGAGUGGUCAAGGUAUGUUAUCUGCACUUGACAUAAACGAAGGCCGAUUGAGGAUACUUGCAGAGACAGCCAAGUUGCAGCAAGUUGACAAUGUCAUAACCACCAUCCAUGCGGAUCUUUGUGUAUAUGCUGUGGAUACUGAUAUGAGAUUUGAUAAAGUUUUGCUUGAUGCUCCUUGUUCAGGAUUAGGUGUUCUCUCCAAGAGGGCAGACUUGCGCUGGAAUAGGAGAUUGGAAGAUAUGGAAGAACUCAAAUCUUUACAAGAUCGACUUCUUGAUGCAGCUUCUAUAUUGGUAAAGCCUGGUGGUUUACUAGUAUAUAGUACUUGUUCCAUUGAUCCUGAUGAGAAUGAAGAGAGGGUGAAUUCAUUUCUUCACAGGCAUCCAGAAUUCUGCAUUGAUUCUGUGAACAAAUAUGUUCCGGCUGAAUUUGUUACUGAGAAAGGUUUCUAUUCCUCUAGCCCUGUAAAGCAUUCCCUGGACGGAGCUUUUGCAGCUCGUCUUCUUCGGGCUUGAUAGUGGACGCAGUGGCCUACUUGAUGCUUGACCUUCGCUGCUUUAUCAUUUUAACUUUAUUUUGUUUAUUCUUUUUAGUUUAUUUAGGAUUAUGCAUUUCCUGAUUUAUUAUAUUUUUUUUUGUAAGAUGUACCAUAAUUAGUGCUGUCUAAAUAACAAAAUGCUGAUACUAGUGGUGCCUAAUGACUUAAGUGCCCACUCUCUUACUGUUUAAUCUAAGAACUUAAGAUGCUGAAUCUCAAAAACUGUUUAACCAA